GACAGCCUGGCCAAAUCCUUCGAGCCGGCCGCCAUUGAGAGCCGCUGGGGCCCCGAAUGGGAGCAAAGCGGCCAGUACGAACCCACGCUGGACGCGGCCAAGCCCUCGUUCUCCAUCCAGCUGCCGCCGCCCAACGUGACGGGCACGCUGCACAUGGGCCACGCCUUCAACCAGACCAUCAUGGAUUCGCUCACGCGCUACCACCGCAUGCGCGGCCACAACACGCUGUGGGUGCCCGGCACCGACCACGCCGGCAUCGCCACGCAGAUCGUGGUGGAGCGCAAGCUGCAGGGCGAAGGCAAAAGCCGCCACGACCUGGGCCGCAAGAACUUCGUCGCCAAGGUCUGGGAGUGGAAGGAAGAGUCCGGCACCACCAUCACGCGCCAAAUGCGCCGCAUGGGCGACUCGGUGGCCUGGAAGCACGAGUACUUCACCAUGGACCCGAAGAUGUCCACGGUGGUCACCUCGACCUUUGUGCAGCUCUAUGAGCAGGGCCUGAUCUACCGCGGCAAGCGCCUCGUGAACUGGGACCCGAUCCUCAAGUCCGCCGUGUCCGACCUGGAAGUCGAGAACGAAGAGCGCGACAGCUUCAUGUGGCACAUCGAGUACCCCUUCAGCGACGGCCCGCAAAAAGCGGCUGACGGCUCGCCGCUGCGCGGCAUGCACAUCGCCACCACCCGGCCCGAAACCAUGCUGGCCGACGGCGCGCUGGCCGUGCACCCGGACGACGAGCGCUACAAACACCUGGUCGGCAAGAUGGUCGACCUGCCGCUGUGCGACCGCAAGAUCCCGGUGAUCACCGACGACUACGUGGAUCCGGCCUUCGGUAGCGGCGUGGUGAAGAUCACCGGCGCGCACGACUUCAACGACUACCAGGUGGCGCUGCGCCACGACCUGCCGCUGAUCACCAUCUUCACGCUGGACGCCAAGAUCAAUGAAAACGGCCCGGUGCAAUACCAGGGCCUGGACCGCUACGACUGCCGCAAGGCCGUGCUCAAGGACCUUGAGGAACAGGGCUUCCUCGAAAAAGCCGUGCCGCACAAAAACAUGGUGCCGGUCUGCGCGCGCACCGGCGCGGUGGUCGAGCCCAUGCUGACCGACCAGUGGUUUGUCGCGCUGAGCAAGGUCAGCGACAAAGACCCGACGGGCAAAUCGAUUGCGCAGAAGGCGCGCGACGCCGUGAGCAGCGGCGAGGUCAAGUUUGUGCCUGAGCAAUGGGUCAACACCUACAACCAGUGGAUGAACAACAUCCAGGACUGGUGCAUCUCGCGCCAGCUCUGGUGGGGCCACCAGAUCCCGGCCUGGUACGACGAAGACGGCAAGGUCUAUGUCGCCACCAGCGAGGAAGAAGCGCAGAAGCAGGCGCCCGGCAAAAAACUCACGCGCGACGAAGACGUGCUGGACACCUGGUACUCGUCGGCGCUGGUGCCUUUCUCCUCCCUCGGCUGGCCCGAGAAGACAAAAGAGCUUUCCCUGUUCCUGCCGUCCAGCGUGCUGGUCACCGGUUACGACAUCAUCUUUUUCUGGGUCGCCCGGAUGAUCAUGAUGACCACGCACUUCACCGGCCAGGUGCCGUUCAAGGACGUGUACAUCCACGGCCUGGUGAAAGACGCGCAGGGCAAGAAGAUGAGCAAGUCCGAAGGCAAUGUGCUGGACCCGGUCGACCUGAUCGACGGCAUCGAGCUCGCCCCCCUGCUCGAAAAACGCUCGCAAGGCCUGCGCAAGCCCGAGACCGCGCCGCAGGUGCGCAAGAACACCGAAAAGGAAUUCCCCGCCGGCAUUCCAGGCUACGGCGCCGAUGCGCUGCGUUUCACCUUCGCCUCGCUGGCCAGCCUGGGCCGCAGCAUCAACUUCGACAGCAAGCGCUGCGAGGGCUACCGCAACUUCUGCAACAAGCUCUGGAACGCUACGCGCUUCACGCUGAUGAACUGCGAAGGCCAGGACUGCGGGCUCGAAGAGCACAGCAAGGAGCAAUGCGCGCCCGGCGGCGAGUUCCACAACUACCUGAGCUUCUCGCAGGCCGACCGCUGGAUCUCAUCGACCAUGCAGCGCGUCGAAGCCGACGUCGCCAAGGGCUUUGCCGACUACCGCCUCGACAACGUCGCCGGCAGCAUUUACCAAUUCGUCUGGGACGAGUUCUGCGACUGGUACCUGGAAAUCGCCAAGGUGCAGAUCCAGACCGGCAACGACGCGCAAAAGCGCGCCACGCGCCGCACCCUGAUCCGCACGCUGGAAGCCAUCCUGCGCCUGUCGCACCCGCUGAUCCCUUUCAUCACCGAAGAGCUGUGGCAGACCGUGGCGCCCAUCGCCGGCAAGACCGGCAAGUUCAUCGGUGUCGCGCCUUAUCCGCAAAGCCAGCCCGAGAAAAUCGAUGAAAAAGCAGAAGAAUAUGCAGGAAAGAUUAAAGAGCUGGUGGAAAAAUGCCGCGCGCUCCGCGGUGAAUUAAAAGUCUCUCCAGCCGUUCGGCUCCCGCUUUAUGUGGUGGGUGAUGCUGAGUUCAUGACUGCGGUGGCCCCCGUUCUGAAAUCAUUGGCAAAGCUGAGCGAAGUACGCGUGUUCGAUCACGAGCUGGUCUGGGCCGAGGUCAUCACGUCACCAACCGGCGCGGCACCGAUAGCUGAAGUGGGAAAUAUCCGGAUAUGCCUCUAUAUGGAAGUCGACGUGGCCGCCGAGAAAGCCCGCCUGGGCAAGGAGGCCACGCGCCUCGAAGGCGAACUGGUCAAGGUCAACGCCAAGCUCGCCAACGAAGCCUUUGUGAACAAGGUGCCGCCGGCAGUGCUGGAGCAGGAGAAAAAGCGCCUGGCCGACUUCACCGCGACGCUCGCCAAAAUCCGCGAGCAGCUGGCACGCUUGAAA